AUGACCGACACCCCGACAGGCUCACAAGGCUCCGACCUCAAAUCCGAUGAGAACAAACCGCGCUCGCUACGUUUCACCUUCAACUCCAACACCACCUCCUCCAAACCCCCAGACGAUAUCGUGCAGGAGGUCAUCAACACCUGCACGAUGCACGAUAUCAAGUACCGCCUGCCCUCCCGUUUCGUGAUAGAGUGUUCGUUGGUCGAUGGGUUGAAGUUUGAGGUGGAGAUUUGUAAGCUGCCGAGAUUGAAGAAUUUGCAUGGGCUGAGGUUCCGGAGACUAAGUGGUCCUGCCAACGAGUACAAGGAUGUCUGCGAGAAGAUGUUGGGGAGUGUUGCGCUGUAG